GGACUGGUAUGGAAUGUUCCUUUGGAAUAGCUAGAGUCUGGGGCUGAGCUAGGCGGGACAUCGUUCGUACUCACGUCACCAACGUUCACCCAAGGCUUCAUGGGCUGGAUUAAGGUCUAAGUUAGGCUGACCAAUAGGCAAAGCCCAAGUUGUAAUGAUCCUUCUUGUGGCAUAGUCUGUUAUUAAGAAAUUAUGCCAGCUUUCUCGCAAGAUUCGCCUGUUGGUUUCAGCCAGAUUACUAGCUGACCUGCAUGCUUACGGCCACGAGGAUGUGGAUAACUCAACCCCUGCCUGGCCCGGUAAGCUUUGCAUCGACAAUCAUUCGAAAUAUGAUACGCAGCCGCCAAAUCCAUCUACUUUAUCACCUCACAUGCUUACCAGUUUUAGGAUCCUCAUUGUAAAGAUUGCUCUACUCUAGUCUGAUGGGCUGAUAAUGGGCCGACGGCCCGACAAUGUUGACGACAAUUGGAGUUCUCCGAGUAUAGGAUCAAUUUAUCUCUCAUAUCAAUAUCGUCUUUAUAACAUAUAGUAGUUGGGCCAAGACGAAAAGGGUUAUUCGUUGGUCUUUUGUUGGAGCAUAACCACAAUCUCUAUUCAGUAUCAGUACCCUUACCAGAAACCUUCUAGAACCAUGGCGUCGGUUAGAGAAGCCCUGGAUGGCUUCCCGUUAGGCGCGCCCUUCAUUUCCCAUUCCGGUUUUGAGGGUUGGGUGACGAAAGCUGUUACCCUUCUUAGUGUUCUCCUUGCUGGGUAUACUGCAUACGGGGUACUCCUCGCAAUCUAUCGAGUUACGUUACAUCCGUUGGCAUCUGUCCCGGGUCCCAAACUUGCUGCGAUGACGUGGUGGUAUGAAUGUUAUUACGAAGUUUUCCUAGGGGGUCAGUAUUUCAAGCGAAUGCGGGAAAUGCACAGAGAAUACGGUCCGAUUGUACGCAUAAACCCGAAUGAAGUUCACUUCAACGACAGUGACUUCAUUGAUACGUUAUAUCCAGCCGGAGGAAGGUUGACAAACAAACCUAUCAUGGUGGGCUGGAGAACAGGAACGCCGAACUCCAUCGUGGCUACAAUUGACCACCAUAUACACCGCAAACGCCGGAAUAGCAUCAACAAUUUCUUCUCCAAUGCUAGUGUUCGUAAAGUGGAGCCAAAGAUCAGAGAGAAGUUAGAGAGGAUGCUCUCACGGUGGAAUGAAGGUAUUGGAAAAGAAGGCAAAAUCUUACACAUGCAUACAGUUUUUAAAGCCUAUGCUAGCGAUAUCAUAACCACCUACGCUUUUGGCGACUGUUUCCACUUCUUGGAAGAAGACGAUUGGGGUCGCUCGUACUUCAAAUCGACCGACAAGUAUUUUGAUCUUACUCACAUAUUUGGCCAUUUCCCCAUUGCCAUGCUAAUAGUCAACAACUUGCCAAUUUGGAUCCUCCGGUUUUUCAUUCCCAAUUUGACCGAAAUGGCCGAGAAACAAAAAUGGUGGAUCAGGCGAGUCCGUCAGAUCAGAAGUUCUCCAAACCCCGAAGAUAUCAAGAAUACGAUCUUCGAGGGGAUAUUGGGUAGCUCGCUUCCGGAUGAGGAGAAAACUGACGCAAGGAUGGCUCACGAUGCACAAUUAAUCGGUCUUGCCGGCGAGGGCACAACUGCCUAUACAUUAAGUGCUACGUUGUUUGAACUUCUUGCUCACCCCGAGGAGUACCGGAAAGUAAAGGAAGAGAUUCAGACUGCGAUCCCCGACAAAAACACAGUUCCGUCUUACUCUGACGUCGAACAUCUUACCUACUUCAACGCCGUAAUCCAGGAAGGCCUUCGUCUUCACCCUGGUGUCAUGUCACGUAUGGCUCGUGUCUCGCCUGAGGUCGACAUUGUCUAUCACGACAAACGUCGCGACAAGACUUUUGUGCUACCACCGGGCACCUGGACGAGCAUGUCAACACUGAUUACUCACACUGACCCAGACGUCUUUGAGGACCCGCUUGAGUUCCGUCCUCAGAGAUGGAUCGAUGAUCCUAAGCUCACUAGAUCCUUCAUUGCGUUUGCUCGUGGUUCUAGAAACUGUGUCGGCCAAAAUUUUGCUCGCCGCGAGAUGGGCAUGGUUCUAGCGACGAUCAUCAACCGAUACGACGUUUAUCGUGGCCAAGAAGGCCGUACACUAGAGCUGUACGACACAAUUCGCGAGAGGGACAUAGCCGCCAAUAGUGAAAUGAUUAUUCCUAUGCCAGCCAAGGGAAGCCAGGGGCUCCGAGUUAGGAUUAGGGAGUAGUCUGACAACCAUGUUAUACUUCAUAAAGUGAGGACAAUGUCAGGAAAAGUAGGUGGACAAGGAGAUAGGUAUGGUUGUAGGUAUAUAGCGCCAAGGUAGACUAAGAAUAGAGUUCUACAUACUACCUUUCCAGAUAGGCAUUAUUCACUCAAGUUAGGAGAUAUCAAUUAUACGUAUCAGUAACAAGGA